UUUCCUCAAGAUGCAGCAUUUAUCCUAGUUGUUUCUUUUCUCCCUUCAAAUUUGUUCCAUUGGCAAUGAAAUAGCCACAAUUUGACGCCACCAAAGCGUCAUCAUUCGCCCGAAGGCAGGAUUUUCGUUUGUACUCCUUAUCCGAGUAAUCGAGGUAGUUGUGUGUGCGUUAAACCCGGGUAACGCUUGCAACAUGACCGGUUCCUUGUUCGUCUUCGCCUUCAUAAAGAAACGAAGAUGAGGCGCACACGGUGUGGGAGCGAAAGAUGCCAAUCUCAGCCACUAUAAAUAGCACAUGUGUGGACGGGUUAGAUCGUCAGUUCAUCCAGCAACUCCAACCAUCCCCCAUCCUCCUCCUUACUCCCCAACCCUCUCCCCAACCUACCCUCCAACAUGUUCAAGAGCAUCGCCAUUGUCUUGAGUGCCUGCGUGGCUGGCUACUUGGCCAUGCCCCAGCAAUCCCCCAACGACCAAUCCUACCUUUUCGCCGACCAGGCCGAGAGCCUUCUCUACACGCCUCUGUCCUUGUCCUUCUCUUGUGAAGGUCAGCAAUACGGCUACUAUGCUGAUGUGGAUAACAACUGCCAAGUGUUCCAUAUCUGCUUGCCCAUCGAGGAUGACUUUGGCACCAUCUUGGAGACUGCUCAGUGGUCGUUCAUCUGCGGCAAUGGAACCAUCUUUGAUCAAGAAACCCUGACCUGCAACCACGAACAAGAUGCCUUCCCUUGCAGUCAAGCCGCUUCCCUCUACAACACGGUGGAAUUCGGCAAGAUCCCCGAUUACUAGAUUGUGAUUGUGAUCUCGUGUGAAGUGAAAGCCAACUGAAAUGAUACGGAUCUACGUCGUUUAUGGUCAUUCCAUUCGAACACUGAGCUCCGGUCGCUCGGUUUUGAAGAAGCCACUGCUAUUUAAACCACUUGUAUUUGAUACUCAAUAAAAAACUUCCAAACCCAA